UAAAUGGCCGCGUGCGUCACACCACUGCGCAAUCAAGCACGGAAAUAAAAUAACAGCUGUUCUACAAUAUUCGCUCGGGCAACUCAGGUAGCAGCUGUACCACGCAGCCGUUUUCCUUGGGAUCGUGAUUGUUUGGACGUUGCUUUCUCAUUGUUGUACUAAUCACCGUGUAGUUUGGACUAUUCUUUCGCCCAUUUUUCUACGUAUAUUACUGUUGUAGUAAUUGCAGUAUUGGCGUUCAAAGUGUGUGAAUCAUAAAUCCGUAAGCUACGCUAGCGCUAUGUUUACCAAAAUUCCUCGUUCGUUGUUAUUGUGACUCAAGUUGAAAUGCCUCGUGAAUACGUGGACCGCGAGGAGAGUUCCGCAGUGUUAUGUUAAUAGAAUCUCUUUUAGAUAGUGAUUUUAGAAAAAAUAGUUCAUGACAAUGUCUAACACGGUUCCGACCAGUUCUGCGCUGAGGGCUUUGGCCUUAGAGUAUAAGAGUCUGCAAGAAGAGCCCGUAGAAGGGUUCCGAGUGAAACUUCUAGGAGAGGACAAUUUAUUUGAGUGGGAAGUUGCAAUCUUUGGUCCUCCUGACACAUUAUACCAAGGUGGAUAUUUCAAGGCACAUAUGAAAUUUCCUCCAGACUAUCCAUAUUCACCGCCUUCCAUUAGAUUUUUAACGAAAGUUUGGCAUCCAAAUGUUUAUGAGAACGGUGACCUAUGCAUAUCGAUCCUUCACCCGCCGGUGGACGACCCGCAGUCGGGCGAGCUGCCGUGCGAACGCUGGAACCCGACGCAGUCGGUGCGCACCGUCCUGCUGUCAGUGAUCUCGCUGCUCAACGAGCCCAACACCUUCAGCCCGGCGAACGUCGACGCCAGUGUUAUGUACCGCCGCUGGCGCGACUCCAAAGGCAAAGAUAAAGAAUAUGAGAAUAUUAUCAGAAAACAAGCGCAAGUGGCGCGUAUGGAGGCGGAGAAGGAAGGCAUAGUAGUACCCCUUACGUUAGAAGACUAUUGCAUUAAAACCCAAGUCAAGUCAACGACGCAAGAGCCUCAGUUGGACAUGACAGACUUCUACGACGACGAUUACGAUGACCUCGACACUGACUCGGACGAGGAGGUUGACGGCGGUGACGGCGACGGUGACGACAGCGGCAACGGCGAGUCGUGAGGCCGCGCCCCGCACCCUGUCGCCAGCUCGCGCAGCGGACGGACCCGGUAGCCAUGCCGGCCAAUCAAAUGCUCCUGUCUAACAUCCAACCAUCGCACAGCCAAUCAGAACAUGUGGCUCACGUCAACAUCAGCCAAUCAGAAAUCUGUGGAUAUUGCCAAUUGUGUUAAAGGCCCUUAAAAACCUGGCCAACGUCAUAAUAUGUAACAGUAACAACAUCAUAGUUCCAGUGAUGUAGGGAUAGCGUAAAGUCAGGAUUACAAUAGCUCCGUCUUUGUUUCACAUCCUGUCUGUCAUCAUGCAACGAAAACUGGAAAUUGUUGCUUACAACAAAAAGUAUUGAAAGUCGAUAAAAAAUUCGAAAAAAAUGAAAACCAAAACUGCCUAAGAUUAUGAUGCUAUCCAAAUUGCAUUAUUCGAGCUAGCGCCACUGAACUUAAUUUAAAUUAAUACCUUCCUCUAUUCUUAACUCAUUUGUAAUUCAGAAUAAUACAGAUUACGUUAGUGAUUAUCGUAAAGUGGGUAGUUUAUAAUUAAUAUAAAUUGAUGUCUUUAACGUCUCUAUAUCAAUGUUACUAAGUUUUGAAAUGUUAAUCCACUUUUAUUACAGACUUACCAACCGGUAUUGAAUUGCGUCGCUUUUAUAAAUCACGCCUAGUUUUUCUGUACACUAGAUUGGCGAUUCUGUUUCCUUGCAGUUACGUUGGCAAGGCUUUAUGCUGCAGGCAUGAGUUGCGACUUCAUUUACCGACUGACUGCCCAUGCGUGCUACGACACACUUCCGUUGUUAUAUAGACGGCAUUACACAACUAUAUUACAUAUUACUACUGCUAUAACAUUUACAAUUUAAAUCAUUAUUAAUUUGUCAAAUGUUUUGUGGGGUUUUUUUUUGUUAUCGCUGUCCCUUAGUCGUACAUUUAAGUGUCAAUUUUCGGUGGCCUAGUAAAAUACCUAUAGUCGUUUAACAAAACUUUAAAGUCAGCAAUUUAUAACAAGGAAACUAAUUAAAAUUCCAAGAGGAAUCACAAAAAGUAACUAGUUUUCCUAGAACAGAAUUCAAAUGUUAUCUAGCAUAUGAAAAACACUAGCUACAGAACAGCAGUAUGCAUAUUAAGCAUUAGCUAUACGAAUUGUUGCUAUCGGCGCCUCAAAACAUUUAAUUAUUGAGCAGAAUGUUUGGCAAUAGCAAAAGGCAGGACUCACUUUUUCCUAGAACUUGUUUCGGGCAAAUAGGUAGAAUAAAACUUCUUGCCCAUCCCCAUGUAGGAAAAAGGAGUAACAAAAAUAUAAAAUAAAUACCUAUUUAUUCAUAUUCCCUCAGAUUCAUAUUAUAUAAUGAACUAUGACAAUUAUAAAGUAUUGUAUAUCUAUAACAGUAGAAUAUCAAUGAACUAUUUUUGAAAAUCAUAUACUUACUUCAUUAUAAACUGUAGUCAUUUGCAUAUUAUAUCAGUCUAUGCAUUUGAAUUUGACUUGAUUAAUGUUUUCAGUUGUCCGUACCGCUUGCCUGAACUGGAUAGUUAAUAUUAAUUUUAUUAUAACAGUGAAUGAGUCAUUCUUGUUUUUAUUAAAGUAUCUCUAUGGCUAUGUGGCCAUUGUGUAAAUGUUAGAAUCUUUCUGAAAUAGACAAUUAUAUAACUAGUUUUGUUUAUAAUAUGUGUAACAAUACUUCUGUGAUUGUAAAACAUUAUUGCCUGAUUAUUAGUUUGUCUUUAUGUUUAGUUAAUUCUUUUUUGAUUAAUAGAAUCAUUAAAAGGUAAUAACAAUGAUUUCUGGCAUUUUAAUUUCUGAUACAGCCAUAGCGAUAUGUAGUGGAUAUUCAAGUGAGCAGUAUAAGUUGAAUGAGAUUCAUGUGCUGCAUCAGGUCAGUGUAGAUGUAUUUUGUUAGUGUUUUAGUAUGGUACCUUGUAGUCUCUGUGCUUCAGCCACACAAUACUAACAAUUUACAGAGAUUCUAUAAACAUACAUUAGAUUGAUCCAGGAGUAUGCUCAAAUCAUGAUAAUACUAAACAAUGAGACAGUACAUUAAUAAGAUUAUUAGUGAUUCAUGAACGAAAUUAUUUGUAAUGUAUACAUAUUAAGCAAAAAUGAAUUUUAAUGGUUAGUGUGCACUAAGUUAAAUUUAUAUAGAUUUGUAAUGUAACUUGUAUGAUUUUUAUUUUAAGACUAGACUUUCUGCGACUUUGGCUUCAAAAUUCCCAAAAAGCUAUGUAACUUACCUCCGGGCGCGAUGCUAUCAUACCAUAUGCGAUAAAACUUACUAAUCUUAUUUUUCAGUCUGAACUAUUUUCGAGAAUCCUGCUAAAAUCGUCCAAAAGUUAUUCAUUAGUUAGAUGUAAGUUAGAGUAAGCGGUUUGGAAAAUUAUCGUAGGAAAAUUCACGAUGAGAAUGUUACUUACGUAUUAAACAAUAAACAGAAUGUGUUUGGAUGAGA